AUGUGUUGCAUGAUCAACAGCACUCAGGUCUGCUCCAGCUGCGGCGAGACCGUGGACACGAGCCUCAAGCGAGACAAGUGUCAGCAUUACGGCACUACCGAAUGCAAGCAGGAGAAUGUAUAUGUCAGGAAGACUGUCUCCGCGAGCAACUGUUCUAAGUGCUCCAAGGAUGGUAAUAAGGGUGGAAAGAAAUGA